AUGACGAUGCUGCAAAGUAGUCUCCACCGCUUGCCGUUGCUUUGGUUAUUCGUGGUUAUUCUCAUCAGCAGUGCCCUCCAAGCAGCCGAAGCAUCCACUUCUUCUUCUUCUUCUUCGAGUACUACUAGCAGUAGUACCCCACAACCAACAGGAACAGCACUGGCGAAAACCAGCACGGUCCCCGUGAUUGACUUGUCGAAUCCCAACGACGACGAAUUGGCGCAACAAAUUGCCGACGCGUGUUCUACGUACGGAUUUUUCCAAGUAACAUCGCAUGGGAUUUCGGUAGACUUGAUGACACGGUUCCGACACCAAUGCGCGCAGUUUUUUGAUUUGGACGCAACCACAAAGAAGGCCCUCCGCCGCAACAGUCACAAUGCGCGAGGAUUCUUUGACGAUGAAUUGACCAAACAACGACGCGAUUGGAAGGAAUGUUUGGAUUUUGGUGUUCCUGGAAGUCGAUUGUGGGAUGCCGCCGAUGACUCGCCGUUUAAUGCGUGUUUGGAUGGAUUCAAUCAAUUUCCUUCUGUAUUGCCUGAAUUUCGACCCACCAUGGUGGAGUACUUUGACGCGUGCGCCAAACUAUCGCAUCGCGUGGCAUGCUUAAUGGCCCGAGGCAUGGGAUUGCCCGAGACGGAUUCCUUCCUUCAAGAUUUGAAACACCAGCACAGUUCCUAUCUCCGUUUGAAUUACUAUCCUCCCUGUCAACAACCCUCUGCUGCCGUCACAAAUGAACCAGACCCAACGCCAUUAGGCAUUUCUCCCCAUAAAGAUGCUGGAUUCUUGACGGUCUUGUUGCAAGAUGACGAGUGUCAUUCGCUACAAGCAUUCAUGGAUGGGCAAUUCGUAUCGGUCCAACCGGUGCCCGGCGCCGUUACCAUUAAUACCGGAGACAUGGCACAAAUCUGGUCCAAUGGACGCUACAAGGCACCCCUGCACCGAGUCUUGACGGAUCCGACCAAGAAACGAUACUCGGCACCCUUCUUUUACAAUCCCGGAUACAAUUGGCUCGUCACGCCACUACCAAACGAUAGUAGUGAUAUGCCAAAAUACUUUGGCUGCUUGUGGGGAUACUUUCGGGCGGUUCGAUUUGCCGGGGAUUUGACCAAUCUAGGAGUGGAAAUACAAAUUGACGAUUACGAGACGCAAAAACAACCGCCUUCAGCUCAUUUGAAACGACAAAAGUACUUUCAGGAAGGACGGUGGACAUCGCUGCCAUUUGAUGUCGAACGGUAUCGAGUGCUCAUUCAAGAAUUUCCGGAUGAAAUGAGUAGCUAG